AUGAGAAAAUAUUACAUCGUUUUUAAGAAACUAUCAAUAAUACUAGUAGCAGUUCUAACCGUGUUUUACUUGUACCGCUGGCUGUUCACUCCUACACCGCAGCCGGUGCUGAUAUCUCCGUCACAUGUGUUGCGUACUGAGGAGCAGCUUGAAGAGAUCAUCCGCAAGGAAGAGGCCCGCGUCAUACCGCACUGGGGCCGCGGGGGGCAGGCCGUGCCGCCGCGGGGGCUGGGGGCCCCCACGCAUCGCGACGAGUUGUACUACAGCGACCGUAUCCCCUACGAUCGGUCCGUGCGCGACCUGCGCCCACCCGGCUGCAGACUACACUCAUACGACCACGACCUGCCCACUGCUUCUGUACUGAUCGUGUUCCGCAACGAGCCACACUCGCUGCUCGUGCGCACCGUCACCUCCGUCCUGAAGUCCUACAAGCGCUACCACCCUGGAAAGCAUUUACAUGAGGUGUUGUUAGUGGAUGAUGCAUCGCGCAUUUACCACACGCCGGGCAAACUGGCGCGGUAUAUCAGGACCCGGCUUCCACCAAUCGUGCGACUCAUCCGUCUCAACCAGCCAAUAGGCGUGGUGCGUGCGCGCCAGCUGGCCGCCAGGAAUGCUACGGGAGACGUGAUUGUUCACCUGGACGCGCACUGCGAGGUGGGAAUUGACUGGCUCCGUCCCCUGCUGCAGCGACUCAAAGAAAGACCAGACAUUAUAGUGACACCAGUGAUUGACGUCAUCACGCCGUACUUUGAGUAUACGGCGAUGGAUGCGGAUCGUACAGUGGUGGGUUCGUUCGACUUCAACCUCAACUUCAUCUGGAAGGAUGCAGCAGAGACAAAGGACGCUACUGCUCCGCUGGCGUCACCGACACUGGGUGGCGGACUCUACGCGGUCACACGCGAGCUGUUCUGGCGACUGGGCGGGUACGACGAGGAUAUGGAGGCAUGGGGAGGAGAGAACCUGGAACUAUCAUUCCGCGCGUGGAGCUGUGGAGGUGCCAUAGAGACGCUUCCUUGCUCGCGUGCCGGGCACCUGUUCCGCCCCUACGCCGCGCAUCCAGAGCGUCACUUGGCGCGCGCCAUCAACGUGGCCCGCGUGGCCGACGUGUGGCUGGACGAGUACCGCACGCUGUUCAUGCUGCACGAACCGCAUGCCAGCGGCAGCGCGCUGGCCGGUGACGUCACGGUGCGCCGGGCCCUCCGCGAACGACUAAACUGCCAGCCAUUCCGCUGGUACAUGGAGACUGUACACCCGGAUAAAUUUAUCCCAAUGACAGACGCUCGAGCUUGGGGGCGACUGCGGACCUCUGAGCUGGAUCUCUGCGCUGAUAGUGGGGUAGGAUACGAAGGACUGGCCAAGGUGACGGAAUGCUUGGAGCCUAUAUUGGGUGGACAACUAUGGGCGCUGGACGAGGGGUGGCGGCUGCGCAGUGACGAGCGCUGCGCGGUGGUGGCGGCGGCGGUGGUGGGCGCGGGCUACCGGGAGAUCGUGCUGCAACCCUGCUUCAGCACGCGCGGGGGGCAGGCCUGGCGCCUGGUGGACUCACGACUCAUCCACGAGCAGUCCAAGCUGUGCCUGGACUCGGGCUGGCUGUCGGGCGGCGACCUCACCGCCAUGGCCUGCGACGACGCCACGCCUUCGCAGCGCUGGCACUUCGACUUCCACGAGAACAGAACCUUCGAGAACUACAACUUCUUCGAUGCUCUGCUGUUUGACUCGCACGAGCGGCUGGCCGCGCUGCAGGCGCUGGCGGGGGCGAGGCGCGCGGCACGGGGAGAGGGGGAGGGGACCACAGAACAUUCCAAUGGCACGACGGGAAUGGCCGUAGUGGAUAUCAUUUCACCGACUGAUGAUAUGAAAUCUACUUAA